GCGGCCAUGACAGCUGAGGGCUCACCGCUCUCAGCCCCACCGAUGCCGGCCAAAAUUCUGCCGAAGAGUCACUCCAACAGCUAUUGACCCGCGCCAACACAACAGCAUCCUGAAAGAGAGUGUUCUUUGUUACUCGCCAAUUGCAUAUCUUCUGAUUACGCCGACUUGUAUACUAAUUUUCUGAGGCUUCUUUAACUGUAGAGAAGCUCACUUGGCAGCAGGGCAGUCUGCCCGCACCAACCUCAACACCAACAAUCAUGGCGACCAACGGAUUAUCUACGGCGCCUACAAAGGUCACCAUUUUGGGCGAGGACUCGAUCGUGGUCGACUACGGGCUCUGGCAGAGCUACAUCGCCGAAGACUUGGUGAAGAACAUCCCUUCAUCCACCUACGUCCUCAUCACCGACACCAACAUUGGGCCGACCUACAUCCCUACCUUCGAGAAGGCGUUCAGUGCUGCCGCCUCGGCUAGCGCAACAAAACCGCGAUUGCUCACGUACACGAUUCCUCCCGGCGAAAACUCGAAGUCACGGAACACAAAGGGCGUGGUGGAGGAUUGGCUGCUGUCGCAAGGAUGCACGCGCGACACCGUCAUCAUCGCCUUGGGCGGUGGUGUCAUUGGUGACAUGAUUGGCUUCGUCGCCGCUACCUACAUGCGUGGCAUCAAGUUUGUCCAGGUGCCUACAACAUUGCUGGCCAUGGUCGACUCAAGUAUUGGCGGCAAGACAGCCAUCGACACACCAGCGGGCAAGAACCUCGUUGGUGCCUUCUGGCAGCCUGAACGCAUCUACAUCGACCUGCACUUCCUCGAGACUCUGCCGAAGCGCGAAGUCAUCAACGGUAUGGCUGAGGUUGUCAAGACAGCUGCUAUCUGGGACGAGAAGGAAUUUACCACACUGGAGGGCAAUGCCAACACAAUUCUUGCAGCGCUCGACCAGAAGACUGAGGGCGGGAGAAGGAACUUCGACAGCAUUGCGAGCAUACUCAAGCGCAUUGUGCUCGGCUCCGUGCGUGUCAAGGCAGAAGUCGUCUCAGCUGAUGAGCGUGAGGGCGGCCUGCGCAACCUGUUGAACUUUGGUCACUCGAUCGGUCACGCCUUCGAGGCUAUCCUUACACCCCAGAUCCUGCACGGCGAGGCAGUUGCGAUCGGUAUGGUCAAGGAGGCGGAGCUGGCGCGCUACUUGGGCGUCUUGGACCCCUCUGCAGUUGCACGCCUGACUAAGUGCAUUGCCAGCUACGGCUUGCCCACCUCACUCGCAGACAAGACUGUUCGCAGACGGACGGCGAACAAGCACUGCCCUGUCGACGAACUCAUCAAGAUCAUGGCUGUUGACAAGAAGAACUCCGGCAGCAUCAAGAAGGUCGUCCUUCUGUCUGGCAUUGGCCGUACACACGAAAAGAAGGCCAGCACAGUCGCCGACCGUGACAUCAAGAUCGCCCUCUCUCCCAGCGUCUCCGUCCAUCCUGGCGUCCCCAGUGAUUUGAAUGUUACCUGCACGCCUCCUGGAUCCAAGAGUAUCUCGAAUCGAGUGCUCGUGCUCGCAGCACUUGGAAGUGGUUCAUGCCGCAUCAGCAACCUGCUGCACUCUGAUGACACCCAGGUCAUGUUGGACGCACUUGCAAAGAUGCAAGGUGCUAGCUUCUCGUGGGAGAAUGACGGCAAGGAGCUGGUCGUUACUGGAAACGGUGGCAAAUUAAAAGCAACGAACGAUGAGCUUUACCUCGGAAAUGCUGGUACUGCGGCACGUUUUCUGACCUCAGUCACGGCGCUUGCGCAGCCCGUUGAGGGCGUUACGUCGACCGUCGUCACCGGCAAUGCCAGGAUGAAGGAGCGUCCGAUCGGUCCACUUGUCAAGUCGCUGCGAACCAUGGGCAUCGACAUUGACUAUCAGGAGAACCAAGGUAGCUUGCCGUUGCGCAUUGCAGCUUGCGGCGGCUUCGGUGCCAGUGAGGGAGAGAAAGCGUUCACUGGAGAGAUUGAGCUUGCAGCGACCGUCUCCUCGCAGUACGUGUCUUCCAUCCUGCUGUGUGCGCCUUACUCGAAGACGCCCGUCACCCUCCGUCUGGUUGGCGGCAAGCCUAUCUCGCAGCCAUACAUCGACAUGACUAUCACUAUGAUGGCUUCGUUCGGUGUUCAGGUCGAGAAGUCGUCUACCGACGCAAACACCUACCACAUUCCCAACAAGCCUUACACAAACCCUGCUGAGUAUGUCGUUGAGAGCGACGCCAGUUCGGCUACAUACCCCUUAGCUAUUGCAGCUAUCACAGGAACCACUUGCACUGUGCCAAACAUUGGUUCAAGCUCUCUGCAGGGAGAUGCCCGUUUCGCGAUUGAGGUACUGAGGCCCAUGGGUUGCAAGGUCGAGCAGUCAGCUACAUCGACCACCGUCACUGGCCCACCGCGAGGCGAGCUAAAGGCCGUAAAGGAGAUUGACAUGGAGCCCAUGACCGAUGCCUUCCUCACCGCAUCAGUCCUCGCCGCUGUUGCAUCCUCGAACGGCACUUCGACUACAACGCGCAUCUACGGUAUCGCCAACCAACGUGUGAAGGAGUGCAACCGCAUUCAGGCGAUGGAGGACGAACUCGCCAAGUUCGGUGUGACUUGCAGACAAUUCGACGAUGGCAUCGAGGUCGAUGGGAGAGGCUACCAGCUCAAUGCACCGAAAGAGGGCAUCCACUGCUAUGAUGACCACCGUGUUGCGAUGAGUUUCGCUGUCCUUGCAUUGGUCGCACCCAAGCCUGUACUUAUCCUCGAGAAAGAGUGCACUGGCAAGACAUGGCCAGGCUACUGGGAUUCUCUCAACCAGAUCUUCAAGGCCGAGAUUGAUGGUGUAGAGCUGCCGCACAAGGCCAUUUAUGAUCAAAGAAUAGGCUCGACUGUCAAGGAAAAGUCCAUCUUCUUCAUCGGUAUGCGCGGAGCUGGUAAGACAACGACAGGUGGCUGGGCUGCUCGUCUUCUAGGAUGGCCACUCGUUGAUCUGGACACUGCUCUCGAGGAACGCCUAGGCAUGACCAUUCCCGAACUUAUCAAGGAGCGAGGCUGGGACGGAUUCCGAGCUGAGGAGCUGAAAAUCCUGCAAAAGACCAUGAAAGAGAAGCCCACCGGCCACGUCUUCGCGUGUGGUGGUGGUGUUGUCGAGAUCCCAGAAGCACGUAAGAUCUUCGUUGACUAUCAAAAGAGCAACGGAGUUGUUCUGCUGGUGUCUCGCGAUAUCACCAAGGUGAUGGAUUUCCUCCAGAUCGAUAAGACGCGACCAGCCUACGUCGAGGAUAUGAUGGGUGUUUGGCUGCGACGCAAACCUUGGUACCUGGAGUGCAGCAACUAUCUAGUCAACAGCCAGAGCUCGGAUUCAACUGGGUUCGUCAGAGCCCUGGAAGACUUCGGUCGUUUCUUGAAGAUGAUUACAGGAAGGACAUCGGCGCUGCAGUCAAUCCGGAAGAAGAAGCAGUCCUUCUUUGUUUGCCUCUCAGCCCCACAAGUCGAGCCUUUGCAGAAGGACUUACCUGAGAUUACUGUAGGCGCGGAUGCAGUCGAGUUGCGUGUUGAUCUGCUUGAGGACCCAAAGUCACCUGAGGGCUUACCGUCACCUGAGUUUGUCAUUGAGCAACUUACCGCACUUCGCCGAGUCACGUCUUUGCCGGUCAUCUUCACAAUAAGAACCCAGCUGCAAGGCGGCAAGUUCCCUGAUGAGGCGUACAAUGAGGCUCGUGAACUGUACCAGACGGCACUCCGACUAGGCUGUGAGUUUUUGGACUUGGAGAUGACCAUGCCUGAGUACAUCCUCCGUGAGGUCACUGAACAGAAGGGUCAUACAAGUAUCAUCGCCAGCCAUCACGACCCCAGAGGUGAGCUGAGCUGGGACAAUGGCUCUUGGAUCCAAUACUACAACCGUGCUUUGCAGUACGGUCAUGUCAUCAAGCUUGUUGGUGUAGCCAAGUCACUGAAAGACAACUUUGCUCUCGCUGAGUUCAAGUCAUGGGCAGAAUCUGCACACCCUGUACCCGUUAUUGCCGUCAACAUGGGCGAGCACGGCAAGCUGAGUAGGAUAUUGAACGGCUUCAUGACACCAGUCUCGCAUCCUCUGCUUCCGUCAGCAACCGCCCCUGGCCAACUGACGGCUGCCGACAUCCGUCGUGGUCUGUCAUUGAUGGGCGUGAUUCAACCCAAGAAGUUCUGCAUCUUCGGUUCACCAGUUCAACAAAGUCCGAGUCCGCGCCUGCACAACAGGCUCUUCUGCGAAACAGGACUACCGCAUAACUACGUUAUCGUCGAGACCACUGACACAACGCCAAUCAAGGACAUCAUCCGCGCACCCGACUUUGGUGGAGCCAGCGUAACUAUUCCUUUGAAGCAGGAUGUAGGCCCUCUUCUUGACGGCAUCGGUCCUGAGGUCGAAGCUAUCGGCGCUCUCAACACCAUUGUGCCAGAGAUCUCGAUUGAUGAAGCGACCGGCAAGGAAGUCACGCGCCUCAUUGGCCGCAACACGGACUACCUUGGUAUGGUCCUGGUCCUGAAGAACGCUGGUGACCAGCGCUUGCCCGGCGAGCAACACUCCGGACUUGUCAUCGGCGGAGGAGGAACCAGCCGUGCAGCCAUCUAUGCAUUGCACGAGAUGCAAUACAGCCCCAUCUACCUUCUCGGCCGCAAUGUUGAGAAGAUGGAGAACCUGCAAGCCGACUUCCCUGCCGAGUACGACAUUCGCGUCAUCAAGGACACAAGCGCCAUCGAAGCUUUGCAGCGUUUGCCUACUGUAGCCAUUGGCACUAUUCCUGCUGACAAGCCGAUUGACCCAACCAUUCGCGAGACCUUGAUUGCGCUGUUCGAAAAGGCCAAGAUAGCGGAGAAUGCUGGGCAGAUAACUCUGCUUGAGAUGGCUUACAAGCCUCCUGUCACAGCAUUGGUUCAAUUGGCACAAGACGCUGGUUGGAAGAUUGUCAAUGGCCUCGAGGUCCUUGUUGGACAGGGUGUGCAUCAGUUUGAGUAUUGGACCGGCAUCAAGCCUUUGUACUCGAUUGCAAAGGAGGCGGUUCUGAGCGGCUACUAAAAGCCUGGCUUGCAAAAGCGCCGUUUGCUAGUACGAGUCAAAUCUAAGACUUCUAUAUGUUCCGUUCUCAUUGUCCCGUCUUACCUUGUGUCGUACUUGUAGCAAAUGACCCAGGCUCCCAUCA